GAUGUCAUGCCAUAUGGUCCAUCCUCCUGUCUGAAAGUGCUGUAAUUUUCUUUAACUACCGGAAAUUUGACUCAGGAGAGGAAUGCAGGACCCGUAGCCAGUUAUAAUUGUGAUUCAAGACAGCUUCUAUCAGCAGAAACCUAGUCAGACCAUGGCUGGCUUCAGGCAAGAGGAUGUGGAGGUGUUUUAUGAUAUGGGGGAGGAGCUGGGGAGCGGACAAUUCGCCAUCGUACGGAAGUGUAAAGACAAGAGCUCUGGCUCGGAGUACGCCGCCAAGUUAAUCAAGAAGCGUCGCCUGUCGUCCAGCCGCCGGGGCGUGAGCCGUGAGGAGAUCGAGAGGGAGGUGAACAUCCUGAGAGAGAUCCAGCACAGCAACAUCAUCACGCUACACGACAUCUUCGAGAACAAGACGGACGUCAUCCUCAUCCUGGAGCUGGUGUCUGGAGGGGAGCUGUUUGACUUCCUGGCAGAGAAGGAGUCUCUAACAGAGGAGGAGGCCACACAGUUCCUCAAACAGAUCCUGGACGGGGUCCACUACCUACACUCCAAACGCAUCGCACACUUUGACCUCAAGCCGGAGAACAUCAUGCUGCUUGAUAAGAACGUUCCCAACCCCAGGAUCAAACUCAUCGACUUUGGCAUCGCUCAUCAGAUCAAAGCUGGAAAUGAGUUUAAGAACAUCUUCGGAACGCCAGAGUUUGUUGCUCCAGAGAUAGUCAACUAUGAACCACUCGGACUGGAGGCUGACAUGUGGAGUAUUGGCGUUAUCACAUACAUUCUUUUGAGUGGUGCCUCUCCGUUCCUGGGGGAGACCAAGCAAGAGACUCUGACCAACAUCUCAGCGGUCAACUAUGACUUUGACGAGGAGUACUUCAGCAACACCAGUGAGCUGGCCAAGGACUUCAUCAGACGCCUGCUGGUCAAGGAUCCCAAGAAGAGAAUGACUAUCGAUGACAGCCUUCAGCAUCCCUGGAUCAAGGUGAUCAAAAGGCGGAACGUGCGCCAGGAGGAGAGCGGGAAGAAGCCGGAGCGCAGGCGCCUGAAGACCACGCGUCUAAAGGAGUACACCAUCAAGUCCCACUCCUCCAUGCCCCCCAACAACACCUACGUCAACUUCGAACGCUUCUCCCAGGUGCUGGAGGAGAUCGCUGCUGCCGAGGAGGGGCUGAGAGACCUGGAACAAAACCAGAGGUCGUGCCGGGAGGACGUGGCUGCUCUCCUGUCUAUCUACGAUGAGAAAGAGGGCUGGUACAAGGAGGAGAACCAGAGCAUUGCCAGCGACCUGAGUCACAUCCGCCAGGAGCUGCAGCGUACCCAGGCCCAGCGCAGGCAGAGCCAGGAGGACGCCCGCGCCACCAUGCUGGCUGCUAAUGCCCUCAAGAGGAGGUUUGGCCGUCUGGAGAACCGCUACGAGGUCUUGGCAGAACAGGUGGCGUCAGAGGUGCGCUGGGUGGAGGAGCUGGUCAGGGGGAUAGAGAAGGAGAAGGACAGCCUCGUUAUGCCCUGAGGCCAGCCUGGCGUCUAGUAUCACUGACCUGGUCAGGUCCUGAGGCCAGCCUGGCUUCUAGUAUCACUGACCUGGUCAGGUCCUGAGGCCAGCCUGGCUUCUAGUAUCACUGACCUGGUCAGGUCCUGAGGCCAGCCUGGCUUCUAGUAUCACUGACCUGGUCAGGUCCUGAGGCCAGCCUGGCUUCUAGUAUCACUGACCUGGUCAGGUCCCGAGGCCAGCCUGGCUUCUAGUAUCACUGACCUGGUCAGGUCCUGAGGCCAGCCUGGCUUCUAGUAUCACUGACCUGGUCAGGUCCUGAGGCCAGCCUGGCUUCUAGUAUCACUGACCUGGUCAGGUCCUGAGGCCAGCCUGGCGUCUAGUAUCACUGACCUGGUCAGGUCCUGAGGCCAGCCUGGCUUCUAGUAUCACUGACCUGGUCAGGUCCUGAGGCCAGCCUGGCUUCUAGUAUCACUGACCUGGUCAGGUCCUGAGGCCAGCCUGGCUUCUAGUAUCACUGACCUGGUCAGGUCCUGAGGCCAGCCUGGCUUCUAGUAUCACUGACCUGGUCAGGCCCUGAGGCCAGCCUAGUUUGGUACAGACACCGGUCUUAUAUAUCCGCUGUCAUCAGAUUCAGAAUGAGGGCCCAUUUUCCCUUUCUAAUGAGAGCACCAACAAUGUAUAGAGUCUCUCCCUACUAUGACUACGUUUAAUCAACAAAAUGUGUGUUCAAUGAAUGUCCAUUCCAGUAUUUUCUAAAUUAAUUUAUAACGUUGAAAAUGGUCAAGAUUGUCAUUAGUUUUUGCAGUAUAUUUGGUUAAGAUGGCGAUACAUAUAGGAAGGUUUUCUGCACCUGCAAUAAUUUUCCUAUAGAGUUUUUAGCCCCAUACUUAAAGGGAUACGUGGUGAAAAGGCUAUAGAGAGCUGCUACAGUCCUGGAUUGGCUCGGCACGCCCAAGUAAUGAGCAAUAUUCAGCCCCAUAACAUGUAUCAUUAACAGCUGAUUAUGAUUAACCAAUAAGGCCAGAGGGGCGUGGUAUACGGACAAUAUACCACGGCUAAGGGCUGUUCUUAUACACGACGCAACGCGGA